CCAAUCCUAUAGUGGAAGAAAACCAUGCAGCCAACCAACGACGUCGUAUUAAGUAGUUCUUUCUCGAAUGUUCGUGGCGCCUUAUCAUUGGCUUAAUAGGAUCAAUAGACUAUACUGCGAGGCACUAGAUUGCGUCCUCUUUGGCUCAGGAAACAAGCAAAGAUUUGCAGGGAAGACCGAAGUGUUUGUGUAGCGUCCUCUUUGUCUUCCCUAGUUCUACCUCUCCUUCCGCAACGAUGGUUCUCGAGGCGACGAUGAUCUGUAUUGACAAUUCCGAAUGGAUGCGGAAUGGAGAUUACAGUCCUUCAAGAUUUCAAGCUCAAGAAGAUGCCAUCAAUCUUAUUUGUGGCGCCAAGACGCAGUCUAAUCCAGAGAAUACGGUUGGAGUUCUGACAAUGGCGGGAAAAGGUGUUCGUGUGCUGGUCACUCCGACCACUGACCUUGGCAAGAUACUGGCAUGCAUGCACGGUUUGGAGAUAGGUGGUGAGAUAAACCUCGCAGCUGGCAUCCAGGUGGCUCAGUUGGCUCUUAAGCAUCGUCAGAACAAAAAGCAGCAACAAAGGAUUAUAGUAUUUGUUGGCAGUCCUGUCAAACAUGAGAAAAAGUUACUGGAGGCGAUUGGAAGGAAGUUAAAGAAGAACAAUGUCACCCUUGACAUUGUUGAUUUUGGCGAAGAAGAUGAUGGCAAACCUGAGAAACUGGAAAGUCUUCUGGCAGCUGUGAAUAGUAAUGACACCAGUCACAUUGUUCAUGUUCCUGCUGGUCCAAAUGUGCUCUCUGAUGUACUCAUCAGUACUCCUAUCUUUACUGGAGACGGGGAAGGUGGAAGUGGUUUUGCAGCAGCUGCGGCGGCGGCUGCUGCUGGUGGCGUAUCUGGUUUUGAUUUUGGAGUUGAUCCCAACUUAGAUCCUGAACUUGCCCUUGCUCUUAGAGUUUCAAUGGAAGAGGAGAGGGCCAGACAAGAAGCAGCUGCUAAAAAGGCUGCAGAGGAGAAUACAAAGCAAGAAAAAGGAGCAGAGCAGCCAUCUGGCUCACAGGAUGCAACUAUGACUGAGCGUCCUGAACUUGCAACUUCUGAUGCCGAAAACAAGACUGCUGAUUUAAUGGAUGAUGAUAAUGCACUGCUACAACAAGCCCUUGCUAUGUCGAUGGAUAAUCCUUCUGCUACCAGUGACAUACGAGACAUUGACAUGUCAGAAGUAGCAUCAGAUGAUCCUGAUUUGGCACUUGCUCUUCAGUUAUCGGUGCAGGAAGGGUCGAGUGAUUCGACAAGUCAGACAGAUAUGAGCAAAUUGUUGGCCGAUCAGUCUUUUGUGUCUUCUAUUCUAGCUUCACUUCCAGGCGUAGAUCCAAAUGACCCUUCUGUAAAAGAUUUGCUUGCUUCCAUGCAAAGCCAAGCCGAGGAUAAGAAAAAUGACGACAAAGCACCAAAGGAAGAUGAAAAAUGAGGCAUUUCAAGCUCGGGUUCGGCCAAGGAAGAUUCUUACCCUCAAUUCCUUCACCAUUCUCUCCCGUCUCUAAAUUGCUAUCUUUUCGUAUCAAAAUAUAUGGUAUCUGCCGUGUGCCUUCCUCCAUUCUGGAUCUUGAUAUCUCAUCUUCUUCAUUGUCAAGACAAAGACCGUACAAGUUCUUCCCCAUGUGACAGGAUAGGACCAAUAGCUUCAGAACAUUAUUUUCCUUUUCACAUCCUCAUUCAACACAUUUUGUUUAUUCAAUGAAAAUUAUAUGUUUGUGUCUGAA